AUGACCCUACAGUGCUGGCUGAGCUUUUGGCAAAACAAAACGGGAGCGAGAGAGAGCAUGGACAUGGCCAGCUGCAUCAGUGGCGGCAGCUGCCCAUGCGACGAUCAUACUCCUGCAGGGAGAGAUGAGCAGGUCCGGGGCAUCCCAUCCCUGUACGGAGAAUACCUUGCACUGCUCGGGUUGGUUUUGAGGCCGGCGUGGGAUGGGAAUGGGGAAUCAUGA